AUGUUAUUAAAUACGACAUCUCAAUUUGACCAGGAAGAAGAUGAGGAACUUCCUAUCAAGUUCUCGGUCUUGGACGCGGGAUCGGUUUCUAUGCGUUCAGCCGCGAGUGAGGCCAGCCGAGGCUUCGCUUCGGAUUCCGAUGAGGGGAUGUUAGACUCGGAGGAGGAGGAGGGUGUCGCGAAGAGCGAACACUAA